AUGACUCCUCCAAGGCGUUCUGGUCGCACCAUACGACCUCCUACCUGGACUAAAGACUAUAUCUAUGCAACUCAUUCUCCAGGCCUAUCAGGAUGCAGACCAGCUGUGAUUCCUAUUGAGCAAAACACUAAGUUGACUACUUCAGAAUAUGAUAGGAGUGUAUCACAAAAUGAUGAUCCCAUACUCAAAGAUCCAUCAGGUUAUCAAAGACUUGUCGGGAAGCUCAUAUACCUGACCAUGACUAGACCUGACAUCUCUUAUGCAGUACAGACCCUUAGUCAGUUCAUGCACAGUCCAAAGCGAUCUCAUUUGGAAGCUGCAUUGAAGGUUGUGAAGUACUUGAAAAGGUGUCCAGGACUUGGAAUUCUUUUGUCCAAACAAUGUGACAUGAAGAUGAGAGCAUCUUGUGAUGCUGAUUAUGCUACAUGUCCUACUAGUCGAAGAUCGAUCCUUUGGAUACUUUUUGCAUCAAAUUAG